AUGAAAGGGUUAUCAAGCAGCCGCAGCCAUCAUCAUGGGGUUGUAUGUGAUUCAGUAUGUGAAGCUGUGCCUCACCACACAGAUAGAAAGCCAUAUUUGAUGAAUCCUGUAGACCCUCAUCCUGCAGAUCAUCCCUACUAUGCUCAAAGGAACUCUUUUCCAGUAGAAUGCAUGAUGCCCUAUGGGGAUCAAAUUGCCAGCAGUACAUUUCCAAGAAGACAUUACAGUUCUCACCAUGAACUUAAGGAUGAGUGUGCUCUAGUUCCGCAUGGAACAGUUGGAAAAGGCAACCGGCUACCUUCAAAUCUAUUGGACCAAUUUGAAAGACAAAUUCCUAUAAAUCGUGAUGGAUACCAUACAUUGCAAUACAAAAGGAGUGCUGUGGAGCACCGUAGUGACAGCCCAGGAAGGAUACGCCAUUUGGUUCACUCUGUUCAAAAACUCUUCACAAAAUCACAUUCUCUUGAAGGCCCAACAAAAGGAAAUGCCAAUGGAAAUAAAGCCAGUCCAGAUGAAAUGCAAACUGUAAGAUACAACAAGCGCAGCAAAAGCAAAGAGAGGAGAGCAGAAGCCAAGCCUAGAUCUAACAUUUCAGGGUGGUGGGGUUCACAGGAUAACCUAGACAACGAUGUUUGCAUUUAUCAUGGUCCCACUGCAGUUAUGACUAUGGGAAGAUGCCCUGAUCGUUCCACAUCCCAAUAUUUUAUGGAAGCCUACAAUACAAUUAGUGAGCAUGCAUUAAAGUCAUCAAGAAGCAAUAAUGAUGUGAAAUGCAACACUUGUACAAAUUUGCCUGUGAGUUUGGAUAGUCAAAUGUUAAAGAAAAGUUCAUGGGCAUCUUCACUAACGGUGAGCAGGGCACGUGAGGUUUAUCAGAAACCUACUAUAAACAUUGACCAGUCACUGGUGAAGUCUGAUUCAUGCCAGCAAGAACGGACAUGUCAAUACCUGCAGGUUCCUCAAGAUGAAUGGAGUGGAUACACCCCCAAAAGCGGGGAUGAAAUUCCAUGUAGAAGAAUGCGCAGUGGCAGCUAUAUCAAAGCUAUGGGAGAUGAUGACAGUGGAGAUUCUGAUACAAAUAGCCCUAAGCCAUCUCCUAAGAUUGCCGCACGAAGAGAGAGCUAUCUUAAGGCAACACAGCCCUCACUCACAGAACUGACCACUCUCAAAAUCUCAAAUGAGCACUCCCCAAAACUUCAAAUUCGGAGCCACAGUUACUUGAGGGCUGUAAGUGAAGUGUCAAUCAACCGGAGCAUGGAUACCCUUGACCCAAAAGCACUUCUUGCAUCUCCAAAAUUUCGCUCAAGGAACGAAAGCUAUAUGAGAGCCAUGAGCACAAUUAGUCAGGUUAGUGAGAUGGAAGUGAACGGUCAGUUUGAAUCCGUCUGUGAAUCUGUAUUUAGUGAGCUAGAAUCUCAGGCAGUAGAUGCCUUGGAUCUUCCAAUGCCAGGGUGUUUUCGAAUGAGAAGCCACAGCUAUGUUCGAGCAAUCGAGAAAGGCUGUUCUCAGGAUGAUGACAGUAUAAUACUUCGCCCAUCAUCACCUCCACGAACAACUACAACGGUUAGGACUAUUCAGAGCAGCACAGGUUAUAUUAGUUUAUCUAUGGCAAUACAAGUAUCAUCAUGCAUUACCACCUACAAAAAGACACCUCCUCCUGUCCCACCAAGAACAACCACCAAACCUUUCAUCUCUAUCACAGCUCAGAGUAGCACAGAAUCUGCCCAAGAUGCCUACAUGGAUGGGCAUGGCCAAAGAGGGGAUAUCAUCAGCCAAUCUGGGCUCAGUAACUCAACAGAGAGUCUUGACAGUAUGAAAGCCCUCACUGCUGCCAUAGAAGCUGCCAAUGCUCAGAUCCAUGGCCCUGCAAGUCAGCACAUGGACAGUACAUCAACAGUCAACUCCAAUUCUUCCACUGCCACCAUAACUGCUGAAGAAAGGAAAAGGAACCAAUUUAGAAAAAACUUAUCUAUUGGAAUACAGGUUGAUGGAUCAGACGAAGCAGCUAAAGAAGAGGAAAUGAUGAGACAGGCUGCCUAUCGCUACCAGUCAGUGGGAAUUCAAGUAGAAGAAGAAAGAGCGUUACGCAGACUGACCCGAUCUAACAGUGUUACCGCUGCUGUGCAAGCAGAUUUGGACCUCAGGGAGCAUUUUGAAUGUCCAGUGGAACUGUCAGACCAGGAAUAUCAGUACAGUCGACCACUGACCAAACAGUAUUCCCGAGAUGCUUGUACCUCCACUGUAAGCAUCCAGGGCUCAGGCAAUCAUUAUCAUGCCUGUGCAGUGGAUGAAGACUUUGAUGCUGAUUUUGAUCCUUCCAUAUUACCUCCGCCGGAUCCAUGGAUUGACUCCAUUACAGAAGAUCCACUGGAAGCAGUUCACAGGUCGGUUUGUCACAGAGAUGGACACUGGUUUUUAAAGCUUCUUCAGGCAGAGAAAGAGCGAAUGGAGGGAUGGUGUCAACAAAUGGAGAGAGAAGAGCAUGAGAAUGACCUUCCUGAUCCCAUCUUAGAGAAAAUUCGGAGUGCAGUUGGCUGUGCGCAGCUUCUCAUGUCUCAGAAGUUUUACCAGUUCAGAGAACUCUGUGAAGAAAAUCUGAAUCCCAAUGCUCACCCCAGGCCAACCUCUCAGGAUUUAGCUGGGUUCUGGGACAUGCUACAGCUAUCCAUAGAAAACAUUAGUAUGAAAUUUGAUGAACUUCAUCAACUUAAGUCCAAUAAUUGGAAACAGAUGGACCCUAUUGAUAAAAAGGAGAGAAGGGUCCCUCCUCCAGUGCCAAAGAAGCCAUCGAAAGGUCAGGCCCCACUGGUCCGGGACAGGUCUCUGGAAAGUACAGAGAGACAGCGGCAUGAAGGCCGGAAGCGGCUGAUGUCUGGAAAGCGUGCUGCGUCUGUCCGACAGAAUUCAGCCACAGAGAGUGCGGAUAGCAUUGAGAUCUACAUCCCAGAGGCUCAGACCAGGCUAUGAAGCCAUCAGAGGAAAGACUGGGGAAAUAUUAUAUAUAUAUUUAUUUAUAUAAUAUAUCCUCUAGUUUUAGUCAAACAAAACAAUCACAUAUACAUGUAUUUGUAAUUUUUUUCUAUUUCUAUUGUUCUUUCUCUAUUACUGUACUCACUUUUCCUACUGCUUUCCUCAAAUCCACUUUGGAUUGUGGCGUAAGAUGUCAGUUCUUCUCAGAUAUGUUCAAUGAGGCUUUGAUCCUGCUUCUUCUCUAAAUGUUGGCUCAUGUAAUCCUCAUUAUGCUCUUUUAACACAAACCAGUGAUGCCCGUAUGGCUCAUGUUAAAAAGCACUGUCCUUUAUUUAUUUAUUUUUUAUAAAUCUAUAUAUAAAUAUAUAUAAAAAUGAGGAAAAUAUGAAGAAGAAAAAAAAAAGAA